CUUUUCGGUCGAUCGGAUGUGCAUAGAUAAUGUGAUUUUAAAUAUAAUUUAUAUCUAUGCAUGUGUUAGUGUGGGGUUUUUAAAAUAAUCUCAAAUUCUUUUUUGAUAACUAGUGUCUUUUAAGAUUAAAGCAAAUAAAGAUGUAUUUUAGUGAUGAAUUAAAUAGAAUCUUAAUCUUUUUAACAAUAUUGAACUAUGUAACUGCAUUAAAUUCGGAUAGUACAUAUGCAACCACACAUAUUUCUUCAUCAGAAUGUUAUGAUAAUUAUGGACAACCAAGACGGUGUAUACCGGAAUUCGAAAAUGCUGCUUUUAAUCUACCGAUAGAGGCAACAAAUACGUGCGGUCAAGAAGAGGAUACAGAAUUCUGUGUUCAGACGGGUUUCUCAAAUUUCCCAAAAAGUUGUGAUGUUUGUCGUGAGAGUGAUCAUACAUCCGACCGAUUAACAGACUUACAUGACCCAAAGAAUCCCACAUGGUGGCAAUCUGAAACUAUAUAUGAAGGCAUACAAUAUCCAACUGCUGUGAAUUUGACACUUAAUUUAGGGAAGUCAUUCGAUAUUACUUACAUUCGUAUUGUCUUCUAUUCACCGCGUCCGGAAUCAUUUGCUAUUUAUAAAAGAGUCAAUCAGGACGGACCAUGGAUUCCCUAUCAAUUUUAUAGUGCUACCUGUAGAGGUACAUAUAAUUUACCAGACUCUCUUUCAAUCCAAAGAGGUGAAAACGAAUCAAGAGCUUUAUGCACAAGUGAAUACAGUGAUAUAUCGCCACUGCAAUUCGGUAACAUUGCCUUCUCAUCAUUAGAAGGACGUCCGAGUGCAUACAAUUUUGAACAUAGCAUUGAAUUGCAGCAAUGGGUAACAGCGACUGAUAUAAGAAUAUCAUUGAAUCGUCUUAAUACAUUUGGUGAUGAAUUAUUUGGAGAUAAACAAGUUUUGAAAUCAUAUUUCUAUGCCAUAGCUGAUAUUGCAGUCGGUGCACGUUGUAAAUGUAAUGGACAUGCUAAUCGAUGUGUUGAAAGUACAGGCUUACACGGAGAACGUAGAAAAGUUUGUGAAUGCAAACAUUAUACUGACGGACCUGAUUGCGAGAAAUGUUUACCUUUCUAUAACGACGCCCCUUGGGGAAGAGCAACAUCAAAAAAUGCCCAUGAAUGUAAACCGUGUAAUUGUAAUGGAUACUCUAAUAAAUGUUACUUUGAUCGUACUUUAUACAAUUUAACUGGACAUGGUGGACAUUGUAUUGAUUGUACCGCUAAUCGAGACGGUCCAAAUUGCGAGAGAUGUAAGGAAAACUUUUACAUGCGGGAUGAUGGCUAUUGUAUUCAUUGUGAUUGUAAUCCAACGGGAUCACGCUCUCUUCAAUGUAACUCAGAAGGCAAAUGUCAAUGCAAAAAGGGAGUUACAGGUGAUAAAUGUGAUAGGUGUGAAGCCAAUCAUUUUAAUUUUGGAAUACACGGAUGUCAAACGUGUGACUGUAAUCCAAAUGGUUCUUACGACAAUGCACCAUCUUGUGAUUCAGACAGCGGAUUCUGUUCGUGCAAGGAAAAUGUUGAAGGUCGCCAUUGUCGAGAAUGUAAGCCUGGCUUCUUUAACUUAGAUCUCGAUAAUAGAUUUGGAUGUACUCCAUGUUUUUGCUAUGGCCAUACUUCAGAAUGUCACAGUGCAACAGGUUAUUCAAUUGUCUCUUUAUCCUCAAAUUUUAAUAAGAAUAAAGAGAAAUGGUCAUCAAUUGAUGAUAGUAACAAAGUUACAGAUGUUAAAUAUAACAUGCUACGUCAAAAUAUUGGAAUUUUAAAUAGCGAUAACAGAGUUGUGUAUUUCAAUGCUCCAGAAAGAUUUUUGGGUGAUCAAAGGGCAUCAUAUAAUAGACUACUUAAAUUUAAACUUCAAUUGCUCAAACAAAGAGCACCGAAUCCAUCGUCAAGUGACAUCAUUUUGGAAGGUUCUGGAAUCAAAAUCUUUAUUCCAAUCUUUGCUCAAGGUCAAGGAAUGCCUGAUGACAAUUUAAAAGAAUACGCAUUUAGACUACAUGAACAUCCUGAUUACUCGUGGCAACCGAGUCAAUCGUCAAGGCAAUUUAUGUCAAUUCUGAGCAACUUGACAUCAAUUAAGAUCAGAGCACUCUAUUCGGAUGACGGAGAGGCUUAUAUUGAUGAUUUCGAACUUCAAACAGCUCACCGCGGAGCUGCAGGAAAUCCUGCCAAGUGGAUUGAACAAUGUCAAUGUCCAGAAGGUUAUGUUGGUCAAUUCUGUGAAUCUUGUGCUCCUGGAUAUCGCCACAGUCCUGCAAACGGUGGACCAUUCAUGCCAUGUAUACCAUGUGAUUGUAAUAAACACGCUGACAUUUGUGACUCUGAAACUGGUCGAUGUAUAUGUCAACACAAUACAGCUGGCGAUAACUGCGACCAAUGUGCUAAAGGCUAUUACGGAAAUGCUUUAACUGGAACAAUAUAUGAUUGCAAACGAUGCCCAUGUCCAGAUAAUGGUGCAUGCAUGCAACUUCCUGACGAAACUGUUAUAUGUCUUGAGUGUCCAGUAGGUUACUUUGGACCACGUUGUGAGAUUUGUUCGGAUGGAUAUUAUGGAGAUCCAAAUGGUGAUGUAACAGGAAAAAUUCAAAUUUGCCAGCCAUGUGAUUGUAAUGGAAAUAUUGACGCAAAUGCUGUCGGAAACUGUAAUAGGACGACUGGAGAGUGCUUGAAAUGUAUUCAUAAUACAGCAGGUCCACAUUGUGACGAAUGUUUGCCGGGUCAUUUUGGAGAUCCAUUUGCUUUGCCUCACGGCUCUUGUGAUGCUUGUUCUUGUUAUCCACGUGGUAGUUUACAAACAGAAGACGGAAUAUCAAUUUGUAAUCAAGUUUCUGGAGAUUGUGCUUGUAAACCAAAUGUAAUUGGUAAAAAUUGUAAUGAAUGUCAAAAUGGAUAUUGGAACAUUGCUAGUGGUGAUGGAUGUCAAAAUUGUAAAUGCGAUCCAAUUGGUUCAUACAAUUCUUCAUGCAAUACAUACACUGGUCAAUGUUUCUGCAAACCGGGAGUCACAGGUUUGCAGUGCGACAAAUGUGAAGCUGAUCAUUAUGGAUUCUCUGCGGAAGGAUGCAAAGCUUGCGAGUGUGAUGCAAGCGGUUCAAAGAGUAGUCAGUGUGAUGAAAAUGGACAGUGUCCAUGUAAUUCAAAUGUAGAAGGAAGAACAUGUAACCGUUGCAAGGAGAACAAAUAUGAUAGAAAUCAAGGAUGUUUGGAUUGUCCAGAGUGCUAUAAUUUAGUUCAAGAAGCUGUCAAUGACCACAGAGCGGAAUUAUAUUCAUUCAAGACAGUUUUACAAGAAAUUUCAGAUAAUCCAACUGUCAUUGAAGAUGCUGAAUUUGAAGCUAGAUUAAAAGCAUUGAAUGAAAAAGUAGAUAUUGUUCUUGAGGAUGGAAAAGCAGCGACCGGAGGAAAUGAAAUGCCAUUAAAUGAGAAAAUGGAUAAUCUUAAUGAUUUGUUGAUUGAUAUUGAACUGAGUCUUAAUGAUGUUGUUGCUACUCAUAAUAACACACGAGAUAAUGUUGACGAGACAGGAACGAAACUUGAUGCUGUUCAAUUCAAUGUUUUGCAAGCAACAAAUGAACUAGAUGCUGCUUUAGAAUUGAUUCAAACCGAAGGAGUUACUGAAUUAGAACGUGCCAAGAAUCGAUCACAACACAUUGAUCAGCAAUCAGAGCAGAUGAGUGACAUAUCAAGAAACGCUCGUAAGUUUGCUGAAGAUUUAGAAAAGAAUGCCGAAAAUAGUAAAAAGGUUGCAAAGGAAGCAAGGGAAAAAGCAUUAAGUGCAUCUGAUCUUGCCAAAAAUACAGUUGAAUUACAAAGAUCAAUUGGAGAGCAAUUGAAGACUAAAAUUGUUCCUGAUUUUCCAAAAGAGAAAAAGAAGAUUGAAAAUUUGAAAAAGUUAACGACCGAAUCACUUAGCAAGGCUGAAACAGUCUAUGAUGAAUCGUUAACAUUAUUUGCAAAUAUUACGGGUCUUCAAGUGCCAGAAUUGGAAUUAGAACCAAUAAAGACUAACGCAAAGAACUUACAAACAGAUAUCGCCAAGAUUUCAGCAGACCUCGACUCUGCAUUGUCAGUAAAUAACGACAUGCUUAGCGAAUUUGAAGAAAAUUUAGAACUUUCACAAAUUUUAAUCAGAAGAGGAGAAGCACAAAAGGAUGAUGCUGUUGACACUUUAAGUCACGUAAUGGCAGCAAAAGAUUUGGCAGAAAAUGCAGUCAAAGAUGGUGAUGACACUCUCAAGAAGGCCAAGAAUACUUAUAGUUUACUUCAAAGCUUCUCAUCUGAGGUUCACAACUCUUCGCAGUCAGCAGAUAUCGCUCUUAAAGAUGUUUCGAACAUUAAGAAGCAAAUGGAAGAUACAGAAAAAAUUAUCGAAGAUACUGAGAAGAUUUUGGAAGAAUGCUAUAAUAAUGCAGAAAAGGCUAAAAUUAGCGCAAAAGAGGCUCAAGAUAGAUAUGCAACUCAAUCAUCAAAGGAUUCUGAAGCGAUUAAAACGAAUGCGAACGAAGCAAAAACGGAAGCACAGAAGCUUAGUUCUGAAGCUGGAAAUUUGCGUUCAAGAAUAGCCAACACAGAGUCACGUUUUGGCAAUUUAGAAGAUUUAGCACAUAAGGACGACAUAUUGAGUGAAACAGCGAAGGCAAAAGUAGGUCAAGCCAAAACCGAUACGGAAGAAGUUCAAAGAAAAGUACAGAAAUCGUUAGACUAUAUUAAAUCAAUCACAAAUGAACUUGACAACAUGAGAGAGAUUAGUGUUAUAGACCUGAAUGAAUUAGAUAAGAAACUCAAUAAUACAGAGGAAGAAUUAGAAAAAGCAAAAUUAACAGACAGAAUUGAAUCAUUACGUGGAAUCAGAAAUCAACAGAAUGCAGAUAUCAAAAAAUAUAAAUCUGAAAUAGUUUUACUUGAGGAAGAGGUUGAGAAUAUCAAACGAAUUUCAAGUUCAUUACCGCAAGGUUGUUUCAAACGAACUAGACUCGAACCCUAAUGAUGCUAAAACAAAGUAAAAGAGAGAAAAAUGAUGACAUUUUUACUUAACUUUUUUUUAAGAAAACUAAAAUAUAUAAUAAUUUUUGAAGCAAAUUAGGUUCCUAUAGAUGUAUGUGUAAAAAAGAUUUUAUUUUAAGUUGUAAGUAAAUCAUAAAUGCCAUAAUGAUUGAUAGUGUUGAUUUUCAAACAUAGUUUAUCAAUUUCUUCUGAAUACUUAAAGAAGAAUUGCGAGACAGGUCGAAAAACACAGGCAAAACCUGUUGAAAGGCAGUUGUCAGAUCGCAACUCUUAUUUAAACAUGACUUUACUAUCAAAUAAAUAAGUACAAUUAAAAUGCCUUAAUUAUAUUAAAACAAUAACAAUCUCGAUAUUUUUCUUUAAUCUUAUAUUUUUUAAAAGUCAAUCAACAUUAUCAAACAUCCAUAAUUUCUCAGUUGUGGUCUCAUUUAAGGACUCAGUUGUGCUAUAAAUUUUCUCCAAAUAAAACUGCC